CGGGGCGUCGCCAUGGGAACGUCGCCGGAAGUGUCGCGGGGACUCGGUGUCCCGUGAGGCCCCGCGCGGUUCCGGCGGGCCGGGAUCGGGAUCAGCGGGAUCACCGGGAGCGGGGCCGGGAGCGGCCGGGCCGCCAUGGAGGCCGUGCCCCGCAUGCCCAUGAUCUGGCUCGACCUCAAGGAGGCCGGGGAGUUCGCCUUCAACGCCGCCGUCAAGAAGUUUGUCCUGAAGAAUUAUGGGGAGAACCCCGAGAACUACAACGAGGAGCUGCGGAAGCUGGAGCAGCUCCGGCAGAGCGCCGUCAGCGUUCCCAGGGAUUUCGAGGGCUGCAGCACCCUGCGGAAGUACCUGGGACAGCUGCACUUCCUGCAGAGCCGCAUUCCCAUGGGAGCGGGGCAGGACGCGGCCGUGCCCGUCACAUGGACCGAGAUCUUCUCGGGGAAGGUGGUGACACAUGAGGACAUCAAGUACGAGCAGGCCUGUGUUCUCUACAACCUGGGAGCACUGCAUUCCAUGCUGGGAGCCAUGGACAAGAGAGUGUCUGAGGAGGGCAUGAAGGUUUCCUGCACCCACUUCCAAUGUGCUGCCGGUGCCUUCACCUACCUGCGGGAUCACUUCCCACAUUCCUACAGCGUGGACAUGAGCCACCAGAUCCUCAGCCUCAACAUCAACCUCAUGCUGGGCCAGGCACAGGAGUGUCUCCUGGAGAAGUCCAUGCUGGACAACAGGAAGAGCUUCCUGGUGGCCCGGAUCAGUGCCCAGGUGGUGGAUUACUACAAGGAGGCCUGCAGGGCGCUGGAGAACUCGGAGACGGCGUCGCUGCUGGGCAAGAUCCAGAAGGACUGGAAGAAGCUGGUGCAGAUGAAGAUCUACUACUUUGCUGCCGUGGCCCACCUGCACAUGGGGAAGCAGGCCGAGGAGCAGCAGAAGUUUGGGGAGAGGGUCAUCUACUUCCAGAGUGCUCUGGAUAAGCUCAAUGAAGCCAUCAAGCUGGCAAAGGGCCAGCCCGAAACCGUGCAGGAAGCCCUGAGGUUCACCAUGGAUGUGAUUGGUGGGAAGUACAAUUCCGCCAAGAAGGACAACGACUUCAUCUACCAUGAGGCCGUGCCCGCGCUGGACACCCUGCAGUCUGUCAAAGGUGCCCCCCUGGUGAAGGCUCUGCCCGUGAACCCCACGGACCCUGCGGUCACCGGCCCCGACAUCUUUGCCAAGCUGGUGCCCAUGGCUGCCCAUGAGGCCUCCUCCCUGUACAGCGAGGAAAAGGCCAAACUGCUGCGGGACGUGAUGGCCAAGAUCGAGGCCAAGAACGAAGUGCUGGACCAGUUCAUGGACUCCAUGCAGCUGGACCCCGAGACCGUGGACAACCUGGACAUGUACAACCACAUCCCGGCCGUGCUGAUGGAGAAGUGUGCUGCCCUCAGCGUGCGCCCCGACACCGUCCGCAACCUCGUCCAGUCCAUGCAGGUGCUCUCCGGGGUCUUCACGGACGUGGAGGCGUCGCUGAAGGAGAUCCGGGACCUGCUGGAGGAGGACGAGGCGCAGGAGCGGAAGCUGCAGGAGCUGCUGGGGCGGGUCCCGCCGGCGCCGGGGUCCCCCCCGGGGCUGGCCGAGGUGAGCAAGGAGUGCUCCAAGUACCUGGAGCUGCACGAGAAGGCCAGUUUCACCAACACCGAGCUGCACCGUGCCAUGAACCUGCACCUGGGCAACCUGCGCCUGCUCGGCGGCCCCCUGGAGCAGGUCCGGGCCGCGCUGCCCACCCCCACCCUGAGCGAAGAUGACAAACAGGUGCUGCAGAACCUGAAGCGAAUCCUGGCCAAGGUGCAGGAGAUGCGGGACCAGCGGAUGUCCCUGGAGCAGCAGCUGCGGGAGAUGAUCCAGAAGGACGACAUCACCACCUCGCUGGUCACCACCGACCGCUCCGAGAUGAAGAAGCUCUUUGAGGAGCAGCUCAGGAAGUACGACCAGCUCAAGGUGUACCUGGAGCAGAACCUGGCGGCGCAGGAGAACGUGCUCAAGGCCCUGACCGACGCCAACGUCAAGUACGCAGCCGUGCGCAAGGGCCUGGCCGAGGUGGAGCACAAGUGGAACACCACCGUCCAGACGCUGGUGGCCUCCUACGAGGCCUACGAGGACCUGAUGAAGAAGUCCCAGGAGGGGAAGGAUUUCUACACGGACCUGGAGGGGAAGGCGGCCAAGCUGCUAGAGCGGGCACGGGCCGCGUGCCAGGCCAGCCAGGCCCAGCGGCAGCAGCUGCUCGAGAGGGAGCUGAAGAAGCAGCCGCCCCCCCGGCCCACGGCCCCCAAGCCCCCCCUGCAGAAGAAGGCACUGGAGCUGGAGCCCGGGGGCUCCGAGGCCGCAGAUUUGGGCUCCCUGGGGCUGCCGGACCUGCCCGAGGAGCUGCGGAGCCUCCCCCCGGAGCUGCUGCCCGGCGCCCCACUGCCCCCCCUGGCCCCCACGCCCCCGUUCCCGGGGCACUACCGCCUGCCCGGGCCCCCCGGCCCCUUUCCCCCUGCGGGAGGGGCCCCGGGGCAGCUCCUGCAGCCCUCUGCCCCGGCCGGGCCCGUGCCCAGCUCGGCCCCGGCCCCGCCCCAGCUCUUCCCGGCCGCCCCCCUGAUCCGCGCUCCGGCCCAGCCGCCGUUCGGGGGGCCCCACGUGCUGCCCCCGCGCUCGUCCCCCCAGCACGGGGCCCUGCCCGCCCCCGCCUACGGCCUGGGCCAGCCCGGGGGGGCCCCCGGCCCGCUCCGCCCCCCCGGCCCGGGGGCAGCUCCCCUGGGUGCCCAGCCGGGGGUGGGCGGCCCCGAGCCCCCGGGCACCCGCCCGGCCACCACCACGGUGGACAGUGUGCAGGCCCCCAUCUCCAGCUGCACCGCCCCUCCGCGGGGACCCCCGGGCCCCUUUCUGCCCCCCCAGCGCCCGGCGGGGCCCCCGACCCCCUUCCCCUCCCCCCCGGGGGGGGUUCAGCCCUUCGUGGCGCCGGCUCAGCACCCCUUCCCCCCGGCACAGCCCCCCCACACCUUCGCCCCCGCCCAGGCCCCCCAGCAGUUCCCCCCGGGGCCGUUCCUGCCCCCGGGCCCUGCCCAGGCCCCGCUGCCCUUCCAGCAGCCACCCCCCCGGCCCUCCCUCGCCCCCCCCGCCCCGCCCCCCCCGCAGCCCUUCGCCGGUCCCGGGGGGCAGCUGCCCCCCCCCGCCCCCGGGCAGCCCCCGCUGCCCCCCCAGCUCUACCAGCUCCCAGGGCAGGACCAGCUGCCCCCGCCGGGGCUCGCCCCGCACCCGGGGGCCGUGCCCUUCCCCAGGGCCCCUGCCCAGGGCGGUCCCGCGGCGCUGGGGGGGCUCCCGGCCGUGCCCCCCGGCUCCCCCGCGCUGCCCUUCUGCCCCAGCCCGGCCCCCCCCGGCGCUCAGCUGCCCCCCGGCUCCAUGGCCGCCCCCGCCCAGGCGCCCCCGCCCAGCCCCGUGCCGGGCACCGUGGUGGUCCAGGGCCCCCUGGUGCCGUCCCCGGCCCCCUCCCCGGUGCCGGCCCUGCCCGUGCAGCCCCCGGCGCCGCGACCCCCGCCCGCGCUGCCGCCGCCGGGCGCGGGGGACGCGGCGUUCCCGCGGCAGAGCCCCUGCCCCGCGGACCUGCUCUCGUCCAGCCCCGAGAGCCAGCCCGGCGGGGCGGCAGCCGGGGGGCUGCUGCAGCCCACCAAGGCGGGCGCGCAGGAGGGGCAGCGGCCGCGGGCCGUGCAGGUGAUCGAGGCGGACCCGUACGCGGAGCCCGAGCGGGUGCAGCGGCUGCGGGCCGAGCUGGAGCGGUUCCGGGCCGCGGCCGAGCGGCUGGAGCGGCCCGUGCCCGGCGGAGGCUCCGAGCUGGACGCGCUCUGGAAGGAGCUGCAGGAGGCCCAGGAGCGGGACGCCCGCCAGCGCUCCAUCGCCAUCGCCCGCUGCUACUCCAUGAAGAACCGGCACCAGGACAUCAUGCCCUACGACCGCAACCGCGUCGUGCUGCGCUCGGGCAAGGACGACUACAUCAAUGCCAGCCGCGUGGAGGACCUGUCCCCGUACUGCCCCGCCCUCAUCGCCACCCAGGCCCCGCUGCUCGGCACCGCCGCCGACUUCUGGCUCAUGAUCUACGAGCAGAAGGUCUCCGUGGUCGUCAUGUUGGUGUCCGAGCAGGAGCUGGACAAGAAGGUGCUGCGGUACUUCCCGUCGGAGCGGGGCCAGCCCGUGGCUCACGGCCCCCUGACCCUGGUGCUGACCAGCCUGCGGGUGACCCCCACGCACGUGGAGCGGAUGCUGACGCUGCAGUACCGCGACCAGAGCCUCAAACGCACCGUGGCCCACCUCCAGUUCACCUCCUGGCCUGAGCUGGGCCUGCCCGACAGCAAGGGGAGCCUCCUGCGCUUCAUCCAGGAGGUGCACGGGCACUACCUGCACCAGCGCCCGCUCCACACGCCCGUCGUGGUGCACUGCAGCUCCGGCGUGGGCCGCACGGGGGCCUUCUGCCUCCUGUACGCGGCCGUGCAGGAGGUGGAGGCCGGGAAGGGCAUCCCGGACCUGCCGCAGCUGGUGAGGCGCAUGCGGCAGCAGCGCAAGCACAUGCUGCAGGAGAAGCUGCACCUCAAGUUCUGUUUCGAGGCCGUCCUGCUCCACGUGGAGCAGGUGCUGCUGCGCCACGGCGUGGGGACCCCCGCGCUGCCCAAGCCCCCCAACAGCACCUCACCCAAGCUCUACUUCCAGCAGGACCCCCAGGACCUGGUGCUGGGGGGGGACGUUCCCAUCAGCUCCAUCCAGGCCACCAUCGCCAAGCUCAGCAUCAAACCGGGGGGGCCCAGCACAGAGCCCGGGGGGGGCUGGGGGGCGGAUCCCACCUCCCCUCCGGACCCCACGGACCCCGAGGUGCCACCAGUGCUCCCCGACGGCGUCGUGGACGGUGUGGGUGCCUCCCUCCCCGAGUCCCCGGCCCCGGGGCCGCCCCUCCCCGAGGCACAGGGUGACGCCGAGAGCAGCAACCACGUGGGGGAGAGCCCCGAGGGGCCGGGGGGGCCACCAGAGCCCCCCGCCGCCCCCCCCGCCCCCCCCUCCUCCUCGCUGGAGCUGCUGGCGUCGCUGACGCCCGAAGCCUUCAGCCUGGACGCCUCCCUGAAGGGCAAACAGCGCAUGAACAAGCAGAACUUCCUCCAGGCACAGCCGGGCGAGGGGCUCCGCGGGCCCCGGCCCAGCGACGACCCCCUGAGCAUGCUCGACCCCCUCUGGACACUCAACAAGGCGUGAGAGGGGCGGGGGCCCCCCGGCCCCCCCAGCUCCACUUUGACUCCAGGUAGAACUGACUUUUUCAGCUCUUUGCUACUAAAAUAAAGCGAGUUUAUCGGC